AUGGACUUGAAGGCCCCUAGGAAGCCUCGUCAGCUGCACAAGUCCAGGACCAAGGCCCAGGAGAGAUUUGCCAAAAACUUUCCAUACAGGCUCUCUUGGUUGUCGGAGCCCAGCUCGGAGUUGCCGAAGCCCUGGGAAGCCAAGAACACCCCACAGAGGGAGAAGCUGCCCUUGCAGAAGAAGCUCGUGCCCACCAGGUCCAUCCCAGUGCGAGGGCUCGGUGCUCCAGAUUUCACAGGCCCGCUGUGCUCCUGCCUGCCACCGUCGCCGCCGCUGCAGCCCCGGCUGUGUAACCUUUGGGAGCUCAAGUUACUCCAGUGUCGCUUCCCCAAACAGCUGUCCCACGAGCUGUGGCUGCUGCACGCCCGUGCCACACAUGCCUGCGCCAAUGAGGCAGCGGGGCCAUCCCGGGGCCUCGCCUAG